GCGCAGAUUAAAGGCAGACAUGUGUACAGAUCUAAGACAACAGUGUGAGUACUCACAGGUGAAUUUAAGGUUAGGGUAAUAGAAGAGUCAAGGUUAAUGGAGGCAGUAACGCAAUAAUAUGCUCCCUGUCGUUAAAACCUAAAGGAGAGUACAGGCGUUUUCUUAUGACAGAAAAACCCUGUUUUCUCGUUGACCUCUCGUUCCAGAGAGAUGUUGCAGGUGGUGUUGGUGGAGGGAGCUUUGCUCGUGCUCUUCAGCUGCCUGGAAGUGUGGUACUUUGUGCGUGGGGCCCUGGCUGUGGUCCAUGCAUGGUUCCAACCCAAAAUAUGGGACAUUCUCACUGUGCACAGCUUUGGAUCCAUGGUCCUUCCUCGUGAUCUGGACCAAAUGUGCCACAUGAACAACGCUCGAUACCUGAGAGAGUGCGACUUUGCUCGCUUACACUUUUACACACAGAACAGGCUACUACUAGCCUUAUUCCAGCUGGGCGGCAGAAUGGUGGUGGGGGCUUCCACCAUCAGGUACCGGCGUUCCUUGGCAAUUUGGGAGCCUUUUGAGAUCCAGACCAAAAUAUUGGGAUGGGAUGAAAAGGCCUUUUAUGUGGAGCAGCGCUUUGUGUCCAAGAGAGACGGCUUUGUGUCGGCCGUCAUGUUCUGUAAGCAGAACCUGCUCGACUGCAGCCCAGACAAGCUCAUCGCAUUUCUGUGGAAAAGGAGGAUCGAGAGCCCUGAGCUUCCUGAGGACGUCAAACAUUGGAUCAGCUUCCUUUCAGCCAACAGCCAGACCCUGAGAGCAGAGCGUCAACUGACAAGGAGACAAGAAUAAGUGAAGCAACACCGUGGCAUCAUGUAGUAUCAGCACGUAUAUAAUGGGCAUUGUAUGCAGUGUAGAAUAUAUAUGAACAUAGAUCCAGAGAGUGCACGAACUCAA